UACAAAACUGUCUCUUAAUGAAAAUCUGAAACUAGAGUGGGAAUAAACUACUGAAUAUUGAAUACAUGAACAACAUCAUGCCAGAAAACUUGAAAUUAUCCCAGGAGCUAGUGUCUUCACUGGCCUACUACUUUAUGCUUACUCAAGUUGUUUAUGAGGAGUAAAGAGUGAGAGGAAAAAACUUGGGCUCAAUGUAGCAGGAAGGCAUGGGGCCAUCAAAUAUAUUUUAUUUGUAGGCACUAGCUGGCAACCAUACCUACAUGUGUAUUGCUUUGCCUGAGGCCAUUUCAAGUUGACCAUUAUAGUUUGACCUACAUAGUUUCAGAUGAUUGUGAAAUAAGAUGUCUUAAUCAUCUUUAUUACCAUGUUACCAGGAACUGAAAAUCUGUAAAGGUAGUUUGGAAAGCCAGGGGAGUUCUGAGUUUCUGUUCUACUGAAGUCCUUGUGUGUACAGAGUGAUUUUGCUGUAUGGUUUGUAUGCAUUUUCACUUAUUUGCUGAGUAAUCAUGAAAGACAGAUUUUCCUCACAUUCCUCCGUGCUGGUUUAUGCAGAGACUGUGGAUGUAACACCAGCACUCCUCUGAGAGGAAUCUGUGGGUAGUAAUGUCAAAACAGUGAGUUGGAUGAACCCUUGAUCUGAACCAGCAUGACUGCUAUGUUCACAUAUCCUACAAUGAUCAUAAAUGGGAAUAAAAUAUUCUACUUUUCCCAGAAAAAAACAAAAGUUUGUUUUCUUGGAAUAGUAUGGCUUGUCCCUUUGAAAUAGUUCUACUUCCUCUUUAUCACAUAUGUAUUAGUUCAGUCAUUGGACAAUCUUUUGCCUACUUUUUCCAAAAUUUCAUUGGAAGUUGUGUUUGGCUUGCCUUGUAAAUUGGCAAUUAUCAUUUUGGAUCUCAGAGAUAGUGGUGAUUUGAAGUUGUUGCCUUUUUUUGGCUCUCAUUAACCAGAUUUAUUUGUCUGAAAUGGCAAAAAGGCAUCAAGGCUAUUUGUUGGUUUAGGGGAGGCCAUGAGCUUCUGUGGCUGGAAUAGAGGAGAAUGUGUAGGAAUGGAGAACUGUGUUCCUGCAGGUUUGUUGGUGUUUUGCAGAAACUUUAAUGGCUCAGGUGAACUUCUGGAGUCAGUCCCUGAGCUCUUCAGGCAAGCCAGGAAAUGCACUGUGAACAAUGAACACUUUUGUUUUCUGUGUUUAAGAAAAUUCUUAAAAAGUCUCAUAAGAAAGCAGCCUCGGGACCUUCUGCUGGUGAUUGGGACGGGGGUGAGUGCUGCAGUGGCCCCAGGAAUCCCAGCACUCUGCUCCUGGAGGAGCUGCAUUGAGGCUGUCCUUGGAGCAGCUGAGCAGCUGGAGGUGCUGCACCCGGGGGAUGUCGCUGAAUUCCGUAAGAAAGUGGCCAAAGAGAGGGACCUGCUUGUGGUUGCACAUGAUCUCAUCAGGAAGAUGUCACCACGUACCGGGGACACCAAGCCCAACUUCUUCCAGGAUUGCUUAAUGGAGGUGUUUGAUAAUUUAGAGCAGCACAUUCAGAACCCUGUGGUUCUGCAGUCCAUCCUGAGGCUCAUGGAGAGAGGCACGAUGGUUCUGACUACAAACUAUGAUAACCUGCUUGAAAUAUUUGGUCAGCAACAGGGUAAACCUAUGGAAUCUUUAGACCUUAAAGAUAAGGAUAAGGUUCUUCAGUGGGCAAGGGGCCAUGUAAAAUAUGGAGUUCUUCAUAUUCAUGGCUUAUAUACAGAUCCCUGUGGAAUGGUGCUUGAUCCCUCUGGAUAUAAAGAUGUUACUCAAGAUCCUGAAGUCAUGGAGGUUCUCCAGAACUUGUACCGAACCAAGUCCUUUUUGUUUUUGGGCUGUGGAGAGACUCUGCGUGACCAGAUAUUCCAAGCUCUUUUUCUUUACACAGUAAAGAACAAAGUGGAUCUAGAACAUUACAUGUUGGUGCUUAAAGAAAAUGAAGACCACUUUUUUAAGCUGCAGGCAGAUAUGUUGCUGCAUGGAAUAAAAGUGGUGUCCUAUGGGGACUGCUUCCAACAAUUCCCAGAGUAUGUCCAGGAUCUGACUGCUCAGAUCUGCAAACAGAGAAGUCCAGAUGCUGAUCGGGUGGACAGCACAACGCUGUUGGGAACAUCAUGUGUGGACUGUGCUAAAAGGAAGUUAGGAGAAAGUGGCACUGAUUCUCCUAAGAGGAUAAAAGAGUCAGAUAUGCCCUCUCUUGAAUGAAAAAACCCCAGACACCAAAGGCCCGCCCCAGAAGCUUUUUAACAGAUCCUCACAGGCCCAGCCCAGGCCCAGGGCUCACAGCACAUGACAAGGUAGGUAUGUGUAAGCAACCCACAGAACAAAAAGAACCUGCUCUGAACACAAGAUAAAAUUAUUAACAGCCACAAACCAAGGGAAGCUCUUCAGCACACAGAAAGGUGGAACAUAAGCCAGAAAAAGUGAUUCCAGCUUUCAGUUUCCUUUACCCAACUUCAUUAACUUUAGAUGAAAAAUUCAUUAACUUCCAUCCACUUAGAUCAAAAACAGCCAGCCAAGUAACUUCAGUGUACUGGGAGAGCUAAAUAAUAACAUUACAUUUUUAUAUAUUCAUAUAUAUAUUUAAUUUGCCUCUAUAGCAUGACUCAUUCUUUCCACUUCUGUACGAGGUGAAAUAGCUGAGAGGUGAUAUUUUUCAAGGUUAUAUCACAGCUCUAGAGCUGCAUCCCAAGUUUUUGUACAGUUAACUAAUAAUUGUGUAAGCUUGCAGCGGAGAACUGAAGUCUGAUUGUCACAGAAGUCACCCAAGAUAAUGAACGCAUUCCAGUACCUUACUGCUUUAGAAGAGAGGAAAUAAUCCUAUUCUGAAGGCAAAUAGAGGCAGUUACAACACAAAAAGUCCUGACUGGAGCAGUGAGCACCUG